AUGUCGUCGACUCAUCACAGCGAGUCUACAGGCCUCCCAGCCAGGGCCGAUUCACCCCUCUCCAUGAGACACAUCCCCAUCACCUUCGACAACACCGACCCCGAAAAGAGCGCAUUGCAGCUGGUACACGAAUACUCCCCGCGAUGGAAGAACGACGAGGGAGAGAUCGUCUUCAAGCGCUUCACUGACGGAAUCACAAACGUCCUGCUGAAGGCAACCAAGAGACGUCCGGGCAAGACAGACCUUGAGAUAGAUCAAGACGCAAUACUUUUAAGAGCAUACGGUAAAGGCACAGACGUGUUGAUAGACCGCGAACGAGAACUUCGAGCCCACAACCUGCUGGCUGCUCGUGGGCUAGCACCUCCCUUGCUCGCGCGCUUUGACAAUGGUUUCAUGUACGGAUUCAUCGCUGGUCAUGUGUGCAGUGCCCAAGACCUACGAACCCCGGAAAUCUAUCGCCAGGUUGCGAAACGCCUGGGCCAGUGGCAUGCCAGCCUUCCCAUCUCCGCAAUCACUGCCACACCUGCCCUUGAUGCCGAAGCGGACCAGAAGCACCUCGCGCCCAAAGAUGGCCAGAGCACCCGCCCAUACCCCAAUACCUGGACUGUACUGCAGCAGUGGAUCCAUGCCCUUCCUGAAAGCACCGAAGAAGAACGAGUCCGCAAGACGGUGCUGAAUGUCGAGCUUGCCGAAAUGUCUGAGAGACUUGGUGACACGCCCGGUCUCGAAGAUGGCAAGGGCUACGUCUUCGUCCAUCAUGAUCUCCUCUGUGGCAACGUAAUCGUCGAUGAGAGUUCUACUGCUAAGGAGAAACCCGUCAGCUUUAUUGACUAUGAAUACGCCACUCCGGGACCCGCCGCGUUCGAUAUCGCCAACCAUCUAGCCGAGUGGGCCGGUUACGACUGCGAACACGACGCCGUACCCACCAAAUCACAACGCCUCGAGUUCCUGAAAAACUAUGUCGGCUCGUACAGAUACCACUCCAUCAACGAUGAAGAUACCAUCGCCGUGGAGAUUGAUUUCCAAAAAGACAUCGAACAGCUUUACGAGCAAGUCGAACUCUUCCGCGGCAUGCCUGGAUUUUUCUGGGGCGUGUGGGCUUUGAUACAAGCUAUGAUUAGCCAAAUCGACUUUGACUAUACCACCUACGCGGAGCUGCGACUCGGCGAAUACUGGGCCUGGAAGGAAGAAAUGAACGGGGCGCGGAAGAGAGAAGGAAGGGAAAUGCAUGUCCGGGAAAAGAAGUGGCAGUCGGAGUAA